AGCUCUACAAAAAAUAAACAGCAGAUUCUCAAACUUUGCAUACAAACAUUGAUCUCGUGCUUGGUGGUUCCUACAGAUAACGCGUUCUUAUCAGUUUUAUCAGAUCUUUCAGUGUAUGUGCCAGCUACGUUAAUCUACUCCGUCACCCAUAAGUGCAACUAUCAUGCUAGUGUUAACCAACGGUGCUGAUAAGGGCGAUAAAUCAUCCGACGUCGUCGCCGUCGACGUAAUUCGUCGUCAGUGUUAGUACCCGAACUCUGGCUGCCGCCCAAUCCGCUGCCGGAACCAACGCACAGCACAGCUCAGCAUUCGAUUAUCUUAUCUCUCUUUUGCGAAUCUCAUAAACGGACCGCGUAUAAGUUCGUUGCUUAUCCCCCACGUUCUACAUUUUAAGCUGCUUUAGUUGGUUGAUGAAGCUCUCGGAAAAUGGUUUCCAUCAAUCCGUUCCAUGCCAGUGGCAAAAUUCGACGGCGGGUAUACAUAUCGCUUGGCCUGCUGAUUGCCAUGCUGUACAUAAUGUACUCGAUCGAAAGUCAGCGUCCACACGAGAACUGCUUCGCCCGGGAGUUCCCAGAUCCGUUCCGGGUGCUGGAAGACGUCCAAAAGUCGCACAAACAGCCGAAACACGGACGGAAUAUCUUCUUCCACGAAACGUCCUGUUCGGCGGAUGGCGUGAUCAAGCUAAACGCCCGCCAAGCUUGUGCCAUCGAAUCGGCUGCCCGGAUGAAUCCGGACUGGAAUGCGUUCGUCCUGUUUGCCUCCCCGGUAGGAUUCCGGAACAGGAGUGCCCUCCCGCUGUUGGACGCUCUGCACGCAUACCCAAACAUCAACUUGAGGUACGUGAACCUGUCCACCUACGCCCAGCAUACGCCGCUGGAGGAUUGGAUGCGAAGCGGUGAAAUCUUCCGGUCCAAGUACAUGAACUCGCACCUGUCGGACAUAAUGCGCUAUCUGACGCUGUUCAAGUACGGCGGUACCUAUCUGGAUCUGGACGUGGUGGUACUGAAAUCGUUUAACGACAUGGAACCGAACUAUGCCGGGGCGGAAUCGGCACGAUGGGUGGCAGCCGGAGUCAUGAAUUUUGAGCCCGACGGACGGGGGCACGAGCUGGCGGAAAUGUGCGUCAGGGACCUACUGAUGAACUUCAACGGCCAGGACUGGGGCAACAACGGCCCGGGCGUCAUCACCCGGGUGCUGAAGCGUAUCUGCGAAACCCAGGCGCCACUGAUGAUGACCCGGGAGCGGUGCCGCCACUUCACCGUCUAUCCACCGGAGGCCUUCUAUGCGAUCAACUUCGAUGACUAUCUGCAGUUCUUCGAGGAACGCUGGCUGGAGCAGGCGCUGGCCACCGUCAACCGGUCGAUCGUGGUGCAUGUGUGGAACAAGUUCAGCAAGGAUCACAAGGUACGGGUGGGCUCUCGGGUGGCGUACGGGGUGCUGGCGGAGCAGUACUGUCCGCGGGUCUACAAAGCGAGCGGUGAGUUUUUCUAGUUUUUUAUUUGUAUAUGGGAAUUUCUGAGUGAAUGGGAACGCGUGUGAAGUUAUUUAUAUAUUAAGUUAAUGGUGUAAGGGAGAAGUAUUAGAAAACAGAAUUCCUACGAAGCGUAAAAUGUUGCAUUUUAAAGGAAGUUUAGUGGUAUUCGUUCAAAUGAAACUAUGCACAGUGCUGAUAUUUCGAAGUGUGAUAAGUGCACUGGGACAAAAUGUAGAAUCCACGUUUUUUUGGUAUUUGAGCACAUUUACGCUAUUUUUUAGUCAGUAAUCUAGGGUUAUUUUAAAAAUGGGAAAUAUGUCACACAUCACUUAGCGUGAGCUUCGUUUCGUUGGUCUCGCAUUUAAGAAGUCGUACAUUUUUUGCAUCAAAUUAACAUCACUUACAAAAAAAACAAAAGCAAUUAUUAAAAGAGUGAAUCUUUUCAUCGUUACAACAUUAUUCAACAUUUGUCGACUUAUUCACAAAAAUCACAACAAGGGGACUCACUAAACAGUUUAAAUUGCAGCGUAAGCCAUGAAUUUCGUUUAUUUGAAAUGUUUCAUGAAAUAGCGAAUGAAAUAAUCAAAGAUUGCCUUGGUGAUCGCGACGUUUAAUCAGAAUAAACUUUAAUCAGCGGUUUACGCUGUUAAGUGGACCCCCCUAAUGAUAAAUGUUUCCUCUCCUGUAUACCUACAUACUUCAGAAUCGGGAACCUUUAAGUAAAAACUUGACUCUUGGCUUGUAACAUCACGGAUGUUACCACAAAAAAAUCACCUACUUUUCUGUCACCAGGUAUUGUGUCUUUCUCAUGGAAAUAACUGCUUUGUUUCAUUAUAAGUUAACCAACAGCUUAAGGUUUUUGUUUGCCCCAGACAUACACACAUAUUAUCAAUCUAGUAGAAAUUCGGAUUUUUUGUAGAACUGGUCUGGCCGCAUGCAUAAGUUUCUCAUAUACCAUAUUUUCAGAUUCAGCUUCUGAAAUGAACUGUAAGUGGUUGAAUCUAGAUAUGUCGAAAUGAGAUUUUCAGCAAUGAUUGGAUCACUCAUACUGGCACCCUGUUCCAACAAAGAUUUUUUUUUUGUUCCAUCAAAACCAAAAUCCUCUCAGAAUCUUCAAAGUUUUGCUAUAAAGGAAACUGAAUGCUUAGGUAAACUGGGUUGAUCUAAACUGGUUUUUGUUAAUGUACACAAGCACAAUAAACAGUGACUUAACGUGGGAAAUCAUAACCUCGAAUAUACAUGAAACUUAAAAUACAAACACAUCACAAAGAGGCUACGUGUUGUACGUAAGAUUGAAAAACAAAAUCAAUAGAACUAAACAUCACUGAAGUUCAUAUAAACGUUUUUUCAAUCAUUAGAUUCCGCAAUCACACAUCACAUAUGACUGCACGUAAUUUAUUUAUAUUUAUGCAUACUAAGUUAAAGCUAUCGAUAUUUUUGAUCACUACCUAAUUUAGUUUUACUAUCUAGUUACGGGAAACGGACAGCGCAAGUUUAUUCGGCAUAACGUAAGAAAUGUUCUAUAUCUAAAAAAAGUUCUCUAAAAAGUAUCAAUCUCGAAUAGGCACGGAAUGCUUUAUGACGCUCCAUACAUGAAUUAGAGAUUAGAGUAUUUUUUUUUCCGAAAAAAGUAAGAGAUGAGCAAAACUCUGUUCCAAUUCACUAUUUAGUACCUAUAACGUAAUUUUUUGACUGUUUAAUAUUAUUAAUCAAUUUGCUAGCAAAAGAAAGAAAGUACGAAUGGCUGUUUGAGGGGUUUUACAAAACAAAAACCGUAUUAUUUAGAUUAAAAAAAAGAUAAAAUGUGCUCCGUGUAACUUCAAGAUCAUUAAUGAUUGCUCGCAAAUAAUACGUAUCUCCCUAAUAUGUUACUAUGCCGGUUUUGCUAAUUUAUUCUAUUGUUAAACAUUUGUAUAUCUAUAUUCCAAACAUGUCGGUGUAAUUACUCAAACAUUUAAUACCAAUAUAGGUUAGGUUAAGUAAUGUGAUGGUGCAUCUGUUUUUUUUUUUCACAUACCUAUUUGCUUUUGUUUAUUCUUUAUUCGUUGUUUAUCGUAACAAAAUUAGAAUCUGUAACCAAAUACAAAGGCCAAAUAAUGCCAAUCAA